UAUAAGUCGGCCGAUAGCAUUUUUGGUGCACCCGAUGCACCUCAAAUCCUUUCAUCCACGCGAGGAUUGCUUUUCACGCUGCACCAGGCUCUACAUGAGCACCUGCAUGCAUGUCAUGGGAUUCAAGGUGCACGGAUGAUCUCGAGUAGUUUCUUUAAGAGGUUACCCCAGAUAUUUCUACGGUGGGAACGGGACAUUCGGCAAACCACAGUACCCGACGUGCAUGGGAUAAUUAUUCUGACAACAAGUAUCACCAACCUGUUAAAAUCGUCGUUGAAUGGGAGUCCUCCAGUGCACCGAGCUUCUUCAAUUACCUACAACCCAAUCCGCAAGGACCCCAGUUCCUUUUUCAUCCCACUUCUAGCACUGAUACGCAAUGUUGUGCUAUCGGUGCUAAGUGAAAUUAAUUCUAGAUCGGAGUCGAUCUUGGAACUUAGUGCGUUGAUCGAAGAUUCAAGGGUGACAGGGGCCGUCAAAUCUGUCUUGAAUGCUAUCAAGAAUUGUUAUACGUGGGUCGAUGAUAUUUUUUGCGCAACUGAUGCACCCCAAGUCCUUUCAUCCACACGAGGAUUGCUUUCCAUGCUACAUUGGGCACUACACGAACAUCUGCAUGCAUAUUAUGGGAUCCAAGGAGCACGGAUAAUUUCGAGUAGUUUCUCCGAGGAGUUACCUCGAGUGGUUCUAACCUGGAGACGGAGCGUUCAGAAGCCUCCGCGAAACACAGCGUUCCGCGUAGAUGGGAUAAUCACUGCGACGACGAGUAUCACCAACCUCGUAAAAUCAUCGCUAAAAGGGGGCCCUUCAACGAACCGAAAUUCAAUCACCUACGAUCGAAUCAGCGAUGACCCUAAUUUGUUUUCCAUCCCACUUCCAACACUGAUACGCAAGGUCGUGAUAUCAGUGCUGAAUGACAUUGAUUCUAGAUCGGAGUCGAUUUUGAAACUCACUGCGUUGACCGAAGAUUCAAGAAUGGCAGCGCCCGUCAAGUCAAUCCUGGCCGCUAUGAAAGCAUGUUAUGCAUCGGUCGAUGACAUUUUUUGUGCACCCCAUGCACCCCAAAUCCUUUCAACCACGCGAGGGUUGCUUUCUACACUGCACCAAGCUCUACAUGAGCAUCUGCACGCACGCUAUGGGAUUCGAGGAGCACGGAUGAUUUCAAGUAGUUUUCUCAACGAAUUGCCUCAAAUAUUCCUGUCAUGGAAAAGGAACAUUCAAACGUCUUCACAAAACAAAGCGUCCACCUUGGAUGGGAUAGUCCCUCUGGCAACAAGUAUCACCAACCUCGUAAAAUCAUCGCUGAAAGGGAGUCCUUCUAUGAACCGAAGUUCAAUUACCUACGAUCGAAUCAGCAUCGGCCCCAAUUUAUUUUACAUCCCACUUCCAACGCUGAUACGUAAGGUCGUGAUAUCAGUGCUGAAUGAAAUUGAUUCUAGAUCUGAGUCGAUUUCGAAACUUACCACGCUGAUUGAAGACCCAAUAAUAACAGGGCCCAUCAAGUUUAUUCUGAACGUUAUAAAAACCUGUUAUGCUCUACACGAGCAUCUGCAUGCAUGUUACGGAAUUCAAGGAGCACGGAUAAUCUCGAGUAAUUUCUCCAAAGAGUUUCCUCGUAUGUUUCCAUUAUGGGAACAAAGUAUUCGGAUGUCUUCGCAAAACGGAGUACCCCACGUGGAUAUCAUCAUUCUGACAACAGGUGUCACGAACCUUUUAGCAUCGUCGUUGAAACCACAUUCCCCAGACAACCAAAAUCCUUCAAUUACCUAUGAUCCAAUCGGCAACGACCCUAGUUCAUUUUCCAUCCCACUUCCAACACUGAUACGCAAGGUUGUGAUAUCAGUGCUGAAUGAGAUUGAUUCUAAAUCCGAGUCGAUUUUGAAACUUACCACGUUGAUUGAAGAUUCAAGAAUAACGGAGCCCGUUAAGUCUGUCCUGAACUCUAUAAAAACUUGUUAUACGUUGGUUGAUGACAUUUUUUGUGCGCGUGAUGCACCUCAAAUCCUUUCAUCCACACGAGGAUUCCUUUCUACACUGCAUCAGGCUCUGCAUGAACAUCUGCAUGCAUGCUACGGGGUUCAAGGAGCACGGAUAAUUUCAAGCAGUUUCCUCAACGGGUUGCCUCAAAUAUUUCUUUCAUGGGAACAAAACAUUCUGAUGUUUUCACAAAACCCAUCGUCUGCUAGUGCCAUGGAUGGGAUAAUCACUCUGAUAACGAGUAUCACCAACCUCGUAAAAUCGUCGCUGAAUGGGAAUCCUCCAGUGCAUCGAGAUUCUUCAAUUAUCUAUGAUCCAAUCGACAAUGAUCCCAGUUCAUUUUCCAUCCCACUUCCGACACUAAUACGCAAAGUUGUGCUAUCAAUGCUGAACGAAAUUGAUUCUAGAUCGGAAUUGAUUUUGAAACUUGCUGCCCUAAUUCAAGAUUCAAGGGUGAUGAGGGCCAUCAAGUCUGUCCUGAAUGUUAUAAAAAACCGUUAUGUGCGAGAACGUUUUCUCCGUCGAAUGUGCUUCAUCACUGAUUCCCAUUGAGCCAGAAGUCGGUGGAUGACAUUUUUUGUGCACCCCAUGCAACCCAAAUCCUUUCGUCCACGCGAGGAUUGCUUUCUAUACUGCAC